AUGGGCAAUCUUUUUGUAUACAUUCCUCUCUUGUUUGCUUUGUACAUUUUCACCAAACACUUCUACCACAAGCUCAAAGGACAUCCACCCAGUCCCAUUCUGAAUCUACCAAUUCUUGGCCAUCUCUAUCUUGUCAAGAAACCCGUUUACAGAUCUUUAGCAAAAGUUUCUGAAAAAUAUGGCCCAGUUCUCCUGCUUCAAUUCGGUGCCCGCCGAGUUCUCCUGGUGUCCUCGCCGUCAGCCGCUGAAGAGUGCCUCCAUAAAAACGAUAUCGUUUUCGCCAAUCGGCCCCAAAUGAUGGCUGGAAAAUAUCUGGGCAAUAAUUAUACAUCCUUGGCAUGGACUUCUUAUGGAGAUCACUGGCGAAACCUUCGUAAAAUAUCAUCACUUGAAGUGCUAUCUACUCAUAGACUCCAAAUGCUUCAGAAUAUUCGUAUUGAUGAAGUUAAGAGUAUGAUCCAAAGGGUAUAUCGUCAUUCUGAAGAAAAGCAUGUGGUUGAUAUGAAAACUGCGUUUUUCGAAACGACGUUGAACGUGAUGAUGAGAAUGAUAGCUGGGAAAAGGUAUUAUGGUGAGAACGUGGAGGAAAUUGAGGAGGCAAACACGUUUAGGGAGAUUUUAAGAGAGGCUUUCCUUCUUGGUUCGACAAAUACAGCGGAUUUUGUGCCAGUGCUGCGGUGGCUGGGAGUGGGUGGGGUGGAGAAGAGAUUGAUGUUGUUGCAGAAGAAGAGAGAAAAGUUUAUGCAGGAACUGGUGGAUCAAUGUAAAACAAGAUUGGGCGACGGAGCAUCGGAGUCGGAGGUUGGUGGGAAGAGGAAAACGAUGAUUGAAGUGUUGUUGACACUGCAGAAGGAAGAACCUGAGUAUUACACUGAUAGAAUUAUUAGAAGCCUCAUGCUGGUUUUGUUGUUAGCGGGGACAGAUACAUCAGCUGGAACAAUGGAGUGGGCAUUGUCCCUUUUAUUGAACAAUCCAGAAGUCUUGAAGAAAGCACAAAAGGAAAUUGAUGAUCAAAUUGGACACGAGCGCUUAAUAGAUGAAUCGGACAUAGCUAAUCUUCCUUAUUUGCACUGUAUUAUAAACGAAACAUUGCGAAUGUACCCUCCAGGACCUCUUCUAAUACCUCAUGAGUCAUCAGAAGAUAGUGUUAUCGGAGGAUAUCGUGUACCAGGAGGCACUAUGCUUUUAGUGAACUUGUGGGCUAUACACAAUGAUCCCAAGAUUUGUGAUGAUUCCAGAAAGUUCAAGCCUGAAAUAUUCGAAGGCCUAGAAGCAACAAGAGAUGGAUUCAAAAUGAUGCCAUUUGGUUCUGGGAGGAGAGGAUGUCCCGGGGAGGGCUUAGCCAUACGCAUGGUCGGGCUGGGUUUGGGAUCAGUUAUCCAAUGCUUUGAUUGGGAAAGAGUUGGCGAGGAACUGGUUGACAUGGCUGAAGGCACGGGACUAUCCAUGCCUAGAGCUCAACCUUUAAUGGCCAAGUGCACCCCUCGCCCUGUUGUAGCUAAGCUUUUUUCUGUUUGA